AUGGCCAACAAUGGCUCAAAGGUCGAUGUUGAUGUCGCCCCUGCCAUUGCACACGCUGAGAGCAGCCAAGCACAGGUCAAAUGGAAGUCCGUCAAGAACGCCGAUGGCGAUACCGCCAUGGCUCUUUUCGAUGACCCGGCCGAGCUCCACGAGCCUGUCGAUCCAGCAGAGGCAAAGAGAAUUCUCUUGAAGAUUGAUUUCAUGAUUCUACCGUAUCUCGCUGUCUGCUAUGCUUUCUUUUACAUUGAUAAAACAACUCUUAGCUACGCCGCCAUCUUUGAUAUGCGAGAUGACCUGAACCUACACGGCACCCAGUAUAACUGGCUAAGUAGUAUUUUCUACUUUGGCUUCCUUGCCUGGGCGUUCCCUACUAAUUUUCUCAUGCAACGCCUUCCAAUUGGGAAAUAUCUCGGAGCAAACAUCUUCAUGUGGGGCCUUUUCCUCAUGCUUCAGGCAGCAUGCAAUAGUUUUGAGACUCUCGCGGUUCUUCGUGCCCUGGGCGGUGCUGCCGAAGCAUGUUCCGACCCUGCCUUCAUGUUAAUUACCAGUAUGUGGUAUACCCGUCGUGAGCAGCCUGUUCGCCUUGGUCUCUGGUAUACCGCGAACGGCAUAGGUAUCGCCCUGGGUGGUCUACUCGGUUACGGCAUCGGGCAUAUCCGCGGUGCGCUUCCUUCAUGGAAAUACGAGUUUAUUGUGAUCGGCGCGCUCUGUGCUACUUGGGGUAUCGUUAUGUUCAUCUUCCUUCCCGACUCGCCUGUGACUGCUCGUGGCCUCACUAAGCGAGAGCGUCGGAUCGCUGUCGACCGACUGAGGGAGAACCAGACUGGUGUUGAGAACAAACACAUGAAGCCUUAUCAAAUCCUCGAAGCUUUCAUGGACUAUAAGCUCUACAUGUUCUUCAUUCUGGGGGUUGUCUGCAACAUUCCCAAUGGCGGUAUUUCUAAUUUUGGAACUAUCAUUAUUAAAGGUUUUGGGUUUUCCACCUUGGUAACAACCUUAAUGCAGAUCCCCUACGGAGUCUUCAUCGCACUGUCUAUUCUGGCAUGUGUCUUUCUCAACGAUCGUUUCGAGAACCGAAGAUGUAUCUUCGUCCUUAUAUUCCUCAUUCCAAAUCUAGCUGGCGCUUUUGGGCUCCGUUUUGUUCCUACCCAGCAUCAUAUUGGACGGUUGAUCUGCUAUUACCUGACCGGGCCGUAUAAUGCCGCAUUCGUUCUCAUCUUGAGUAUGCAGAUUGCAAACACCGCAGGACAUACCAAGAAGGUUGUCACCAAUGCAGUACUCUUCCUCGGCUACUGCACCGGAAAUAUUGCGGGACCAUUCUUCUACAAAACCGAUCAAUCACCAACGUAUGAGCUUGGAAUUUGGUCGAUGAUCGUCUCGCACUUGAUUGAGGCUGUUCUCAUCACUACACUCGGCCUACUCCUUCGCUGGGAGAACAGGAAACGCGAUCGCAUCCAGUCUCAAAUGGAGGGUGGCCUCGAGGGAAGGGACCUUGACUCGACUGCGUUCCUGGAUUUGACUGACCGUGAGAACUUGAACUUCCGGUAUAUCUACUAG